AUGUUCAGCGCCUGGCUUCGGUCCUGCCUGUCUUGCCUCUGGUCCCAGGUGGACCUAGAGCGCGAGGCUUAUGGUCAAUCAAUGCAAAAGAAUGGUGUCGAACGAGAGAUGCAAGUUUGCCACAGUCAACCACAUCUCGUUCCACCUAUGAAGCUGGUCUUCUAUGAUAACCUGCCCAGUCCCUCGCCAUCUCCACGGCCAGUCUCAUCUCUGCCACCGUGGAUGCACGAAACGAAAAGUCUAGCCAGCAGGGCAUCGCGUCGGGCAAGUAUCCUCGUGCGAAGGAAAACUCCCAAGCGACCUAGGAUCAGCGCUCCAACAGACUUCAGGCGCACUGAUGUUCCUCAUGGCCGAGUAGCAUCGUUUCGACCGCUAGAGCUCAGCAUUUAUCUUGCCGGAAAUAGACUUUCCGAUCUUCCAGAAUUCGAUGCCUUCAGCUUGAAUCACUCUAGACAGCCCUCUUCGCCGGAAAAGGCUCUCAUAUCCCCUUUCGAUUCAAGCGGCCAACUACGAAGGCAAUCGGGUCCGUUCCAGUUUGCUCGCAAACCAAUAGGAUCUCCCCCUUCACGAAGAGGCUCUAUGGCAACUCUCGAGCUACAACUGCAGCAGACACGAGCCCGGCAAAGCUCUGAUCUGGCCUUUGUCAAUCCAUUGAUUCCUCAUUUUUCAGUCUUGAGCCCCGUUGGCGACCCUAUCCACAGAUUUGCUGAACUACGACCCAUAAGCGAACCUCCCCAAAGAGUUCCCGGGUCUUCUACAAAAGACAACAGCCUUUUACCUCCAACCCCGGCUGAAAUCGAUGCCUCCCAGAAUACAUUGCUUACGUUCUCGUCAUCUUCCACUCCAGUACAACAUUCCCUUGAUUACCACCAAACUAUUAGUGGCACUACCGGAAAGAGGAUGCCAGGACAAUCUCAAACCUCAUCUUUUAGCUCCACCAGCACCAUAACCAGCAGCCCCAAAAAGUACCAUCAUACAUCCACUAAGUCCUCUUCAACUUUCCAACAUCACAGCCGUGACCGCACUAUUAGCAACUCCACCGUAUCUUCCAAGACCCCUUCAUUAUCAAGUGCCAUCACAGCGGCCACAACUAUCAUGCCAUCUGACAAGGAUCUGGAAAGCGCUUUUGGUUCUUUACCGGUGAUCCCAGCUAGUACAAAGAAUAGUAUGGUGGUCCAGGAGCCAUACAUUCAUGAGGAAGAGCAAAUGCAACCAGGUGGUUACGAGUAUGAUACACGGUUUCCCGGUGGUACUGUUGGAUUAGCUUUCUAG